CAUGUCUCAGGAUUUGCAUGAAUCAUGUGAGACUAUUUGAGACACUUCUGGCAGUGGAGUGAGUAACAGCUGGUGAGGGAGAAUCAUGUGAGGACAAACAGUGCUCAUUUCUGCUGAAAAGCACCACACCAAUUCUGAAAAAUUCUGAUCUGGUGGGAUCACAGGACGCAAUUAAUUGCGGGAAUCCGCCAAGAAAGUUUCAAGAAGAAGUUGUUUAUCCUCUGUUUUCAAGGUGAUCCUAGUAUUUCCUAUUUUUAUUUUGAUGGGUUUUUUUGUUCAAGACUCAUUCCCCCUGUGUUGUAUGCAGCCAGCGAGCGACUGACACGAUGUGUACUCAGUGCAGCGUUUUUUGGUGCUCUUGGCUCCUCCUUCCUGUAUGGCUACAACCUGUCUGUGGUCAAUGCCCCUGCCAAGGAUAUAAAGGCAUUCUAUAACUUGACAUGGAUGACGCGUUAUGGUGAGCCAGCAAUGGUGGACAGGCUCACUUUGCUCUGGUCCAUCACUGUGUCCAUAUUUGCAAUUGGUGGCCUGAUGGGGUCGCUCACUGUCCCCUUCUUGGUUAAAGUACUGGGCAGGAAAGGCACUCUGCUGGCCAAUAAUGUGUUGGCGGUUAUCUCCGCUCUAUUAAUGGCUCUGGGUGAGAAAGCAGGGUCAUUUGAGAUGCUCAUCAUUGGUCGCUUCAUUGUUGGCAUGGAUUCAGGAGUGUCUCUCAGUGUGUUGCCGAUGUAUCUGGCUGAAAUCUCUCCACGACAGUACCGUGGUUCCAUCGGUCAGUUUAAUUCUGUCUUCAUCUGUCUUGGAGUUUUCACUGGACAGCUGUUCAGCCUUCGCGAGAUAUUCGGCCAUGAGAACAGAUGGAACUUCCUGUUUGCCUUUCUCACAGUUCCUGCCAUUCUGCAGUUGUGCGUUUUGCCAUUUUUGCCGGAGAGCCCACGAUUCCUGCUGAUGGAACGCAAAGACCAAGCUCGAGCUGAAAAAGCAUUCCAGUCAUUUUUAGGAAAGGAGGAUGUGAGUGCAGAAUUGGAGGAGGUGUAUGGAGAGAUUAACGUGCAGAACACUCAGCAGUCUGUGUCUUUCUUCCGUCUGUUCCGUAAUCCUUCUAUCCGUUGGCAGCUGAUCACCAUCAUCACCAUCAUGAGCAGCUACCAGCUGUGUGGCCUCAAUGUCAUCUGGUAUUACACUAACGGGAUAUUUGAAGGUGCAGGAUUUGAGAAGAGCACAAUUCCUUACAUUACCCUCAGCACGGGAUUCACUGAAACGCUGGCAGCCAUCAUAUCGGGUUUGGUGAUCGAGCGCGUUGGACGGAAGCGGUUGCUGAUAUUUGGCUUCUCAGCAAUGGCCGUGUGUUACAGCCUCCUGACAGUCUUCUUGCACUUCCAGGACAGUUAUUCAUGGAUGCCAUAUUUGAGUUUCAUCUCCAUAUUGGCCCUGAUUGCUUCAUUUUGCUCUGGCCCAGGUGGUAUUCCCUUCAUUCUGACCAGUGAAUUGUUUGAGCAGACGUAUCGUCCUGCUGCAUUUCUGGUCGCUGGAAUUGUGAACUGGCUGGCAAACUUUAUCGUGGGCCUUGUCUUUCCUUUCAUACAGGAGUCGCUUCAGAACUAUGCUUUCUUGGUCUUUCUCUUCGUUUGUGUCUUCACCUCCAUCUACAUCAUCAUCGUCCUCCCCGAGACCAAGAACAAAACCUUUAUGGAGAUCAGUCAGACUUUUGCCAAGAUCAAUAACGUCCCCCUGAGUGUGGAAGAAGAGAUGCAGGAUGUUCCGAAAAACUGAUGCAUUCGACCUGAAUGUUGAAAUUGUUAACGCUAAAUAUACAAACAGGAAUAAUGAAGAUAAUAGUGUGGUGUAAUCAGAGAGCCUGCACACUCAUCAGCUUCCCCUAAUGAUUCAAAAGUGGAUAAGACCUCAAUCAUAUAACAGUUCACUUGCAUGUUCAGCAAUACAAGUUUGGUUAUAUCAAGGUGCAGAAAUAAAUUCUUUACUUGAAGAUGCACGAAUGUUAAUUUUAGUUUUCAUCAUGCUUACAGUGGUGCUAAGUUCAUUUGGAUAAAUGAACAUAAACUGGUUGUAAAUUUAAGCUAAAUCUAUUGACAUCUCUUUAUAUUCAUUAAAUUUAGGUCAUGUUGUAGUUCUCGGAGAAAAGCCUUGAAGGCAGCUAUGAUUGACAUUUAAUUUACAAUUGCAGCUACCACGAUCCACAACUGUUUUUUUUUUCACAUUAUUAUUAUUCAAUGAAAAAAAUUUAACAAUUAACUUUUUAUUUGACAUCCCUCGAUCUCAAUUUAUAUUACAUUAAACAUCCAGUUUGCCACUAUUUGUAAGAUUUGUUCAGUGAAAUGAUACAAAAAUAUAAUUGAUGCCUUAAAUUUGUACAUUUUUAAAUGUUUAUAAUAAUUGCUGCUAUGACAUACGGUAAUAGGUUUAAAUAAAUAUUUAAAUAUUUAUAUUGUUAAACAAUAUUUUGAAAAAGCAUUGACAUGGAACAUCAAAUCGUUGCUGAAUUGUUUAAUAUAUUAUAGUAAUUUUUUAUUGUUUAAAGAAAGAAUAGUUUCACAAAUGUACAAUGUAUUGUAGUAUGUUCUAAUUCAGGGGACUUCUGUAUCUUGUACUGUAACAAAACAAACCUCGCCCGGCAGCACUUAUUUUAUACCUAUAUGUUGAUAAUGGUAAUAUUUCUCAAUCAUCAGCUGUCAGGUUAUCAUCCUAUGAAAAUCCAUGACCUUGAGUUUGACAUUUCAAAGUCACUCAAGGUCAAAGGUCAUGGUGCCAAAUGAAAGCCCAUAUGGUACUUCUUAUAAGUUGAUGAUGGUAAAUAUCUAUCGACCACCAACCGUUUUCAAGUUACAGCCCUCCUAAAAUCCAUGACCUUGAGUUUGACUUUUCAAGGUCAAAGCUCAUGGUGCCAAAUGAAAGGCCAUAUGCUCGUAAUAGUAAAUAUGUGUCUAUCGGCAACCAUUUUUGAGUUAUAAUGGAAAAUAUAUUUUGACAGAAAGGUUGACCUUUCCGGUGACCUUGACCUGAUUAAAUUUUGGGGGUAAUCUACGGACCAUUGCCCACCUACCCUGAAAAUUUGAAGUCAAUCGGUGCAACCGUCUAGACGCUAAAUUGUUAAUAGACAGACACACACACACACACAAAAAAAAAAAAAAACACUGAUUACAAUACCUCGCACCACUUACUCCAUCACGGGAGAGGUAAUAAUAUUGGUACUAUUUACAACCAUAUGUACCACAUUUUUUAAAUGUGCUUUGGCAAUAAACAUAAAAAUUGAUAUCAAAGUAAUGCUUUUCUCAUUUGUGGAGAAGUUUUUAAAGUCU